AUGAGGAGAGCUUGGUCGGAGACUUGGAAACCAUCGAUGAGACAGGCAUACACACAUCUUACCGGUACAGCAGUGUGGGAAUUGAACCCACUGCAAACAUUGACGGAUGCUGUUUUUCACGUGAUCGACCAUAGAUUAUGCCAGAGAGCUGGGGCCUAUUCACCCCCUCCAGUUGAAAGCUUGCAGUGGGCCACUGUUAGAAGGGCUCCUUAUUACACUG